AUGGUGCUGAUCCGGUCAUUCCUGCACUCUGGCGCUGCUCAGCGCGUACUACAAAGUGGCUCUUCUCGCUUCUUCUCUUCAGCAUUUGAAUCUGUAGCAUCUACUGCUACUGUCAAGUCCAAGGGACCUCCUUUUGCUCGGUACUUUUGGUACACGACGGCCAUUAUGUUGGGCAUUCCAGGGGCUAUUGGCGGCGUGUUUGUGUACAAUUUAAAGACAGACAGCGAGUUCUACAGCCACUUUAGCGACCGAUAUCCUGAUCUUAUUGAAGCUAUUAAUAAGCAUGUGUCAUUGAACGAAAAGCUACUGGAAUUGGCUAGUCGCGAUGACAUUGGACCCAUUGGCUCGACGGAAGAUUUAAUAAACGAGACGGUGACGGUAGUGGCAGAGCUACAGUCGCGUCAGAAGGUGCAGCUGGAGAUGUCUGGCUCGGCCACUCAGGAGGAAAUUGAAGCACUGGCGCUCAAGCAGUCGGCGCAUCCGGAGAAAGACCGGGUAGUUACUAUCACUUUUGUUGAGAAAGAUGAGGGUGAAAAGGACGGCAAUGUGUCGGUACCGACUGCACAGGAAGCUUGGCCGCCAGCUCCUCGUGUAACGUGGGGUAGUGCUGCUGCGCAGCUGAAAAAGAACAAGAAGCCGGUGAACUCUGAGAAGGAGUUACAACUGGAGAUUGAAGAGAUUUGCACCCAGCAGGUGGCGCUAGAGAAAUCCAAGUACGCAGGACGCGAUAUUGAUGAAGUGGACGAGGAAAUUGCGGCGCUCGAGAAACGCAAGAUCACGCUGAAGGAGCAGCUCCCACGCAAACGUUUCCUAUGGAUCUUCUAG